AUGAGGUUUGUUGAAGUUGAAGUUGAAGUUAAAGAAAACUUGUACACUUGGAGAGCUGUUCUCUCCGAAUUCAUCUCCACACUCAUCUUCGUCUUCGCCGCCUCCGGUUCCACUAUUGCCGUCAAAAACCUCGCCGUCAAAAACCUCGCCGUCGACCCGCCCAUUGCUGUCCUCGCCAUCGGUCCGCCCAUUGCUUCCCUCGCUGUCGACCCGCCCAUUGCUUCCCUCGCCGUCGCCAUUGCCAAUGCCUUGGCCCUCUCUGCCGCCGUCUCCUUCGGCAGAAACAUUUCCGUCGGCCACGUCAACCCCGCAGUCACCUUCGCCGGCUUUGUCAGCGGCAAAGUUACCUGGUUCCGCUGCAUCAUCUUCUGGUUCGCGCAGAUCCUCGGCUCCGUCAUCGCCUGCUUGCUCCUGAAGUUCAUCUCCGGCGGACAAAGAAUACCGGUUUUUGAACUUUCUAGUGGUAUGAAAGUGAAAAACGCUCUGGUGUUGGAUACAACGAGGACGUUUGCUUUCAUGUGCGCGGUGUAUAAUUUUUACUCCAUUAGCAGCAGGAACGUUUCGAAAGCGAUGAGACUUUUUAUUGGCUUAGCCGUUGGAGCGAAUUAUUUGUGGAUUAAGUUUUUUUUUUUUUCUUAUGGGGUCUGCAUGAACCCGGCUGCACCGUUUGGGCCUGCUCUGGUGGGCUGGAGCUGGGAAAACCAUUGGGUUUCCUGGGUUGGGCCUCUCACAGGCGCUGGGCUUGCUGCUUGUUGCUUGUUUGAUUGAACUGAUUAGGUACAAAUAGUUAUUGUUUUCUCUUUCCUUUGUUGUGUUACAUUACAUGGUCUAGCUCUUUGCAGGAACAUUACACUGGAUGUAAGUUUUCACACUUUUUGGUGAUGUGUUCAACAGUUUAGGA